CCGCCGGCUGGCUGUCCGAUGCACCAAGCAUCGAAUGAUGCUUCCCCCAGCACAUCUCCAGUUUCUAAUCAAUCCGAUGUAAAUCCACGGAACAACAUGCCAUCUCUUUCGCAGGACUUGGCACCUGGACAGACUACUCCUCUUCCCCUCGAACGCACUCGCUCAAGCAUACCAAGGACUUUCAGUGAUGCACCUGCAACAACCCACGAGUCCGCUUCUGCUUGCCCUAUAGCUCAUUCAGGUCCCUCGGACACCAAAGACACUUGGGUCUACCCAUCUCCUCAGCAGUUUUACAACGCCCUCGUACGAAAGGGAUGGGAAACCCCAGUCAACGCCAUUCCUGUCAUGGUCGACAUACACAACUGGAUGAACGAAGCAGUCUGGCAAGAAGUCUUACGCUGGGAGCGCCGCUACUUUAACCCAAAGCCAUCAACAUCUGCCGCUUCUUCUGAAGAUACACCCGAAAUCUCACUAGCACGAUUCCAGGGUCGACCACAGGAUUUGUCCCCAAAAGCGCGAUAUCAUAUGUUAUUAGGCCGUAUCUUUCCGAGCUUAUACAGCGAAGUCCCCCCGUUUGAUCGACACGACUGGAUGGUCCGCCGCGAAAGUUGGGGCCCACAGGAGCAGGAUAGACUCCAUCGAUACGUGAUUGAUUACUAUUCUGCAGCAGAUGAUGAGAAUGGAAACCCCGUUUUCCACUUUGACGUAAGGCCAGCCAUCGACGAUCUCGAUUCACUCGCAGCACGUUUACAUGAGUGGGCCCGG